CAAACCCAUGUCAGAAUUUCAAAACUCCCAAAUAAUCAGUCACAAGUUUAUUUUUUUUCUUUUUGUCGGUGGUGGUCAUCUCUACAUCUACAAUCAACAGUUUAGUUCAAAGGGAGGUAUUUCUUUUUUAAAUUAUUGCCGAUGUCAACGUCUAUAAAUAAUGCCUGUCGGUCCAAACUUAGCCGAAUCCCCUAGAUGUGCCAAAAUCAGAAAAUUAUCUGAAACCUUCAUAUAUGUUUUGUUGUUGUUUGGUGUUUACCCCAUUUGGCUAAAAGAUGAUGAGAUUAUUUUCCAGAAAUAUUUGCAGGAUUUUAAUAAGUCCUAUGAAAAUGAUACAGUAUAUCAACAGAGAUUUAAAGCAUUUAAGCAAUCUUUAGAAAAUAUUGAAAUAUUAAACUCCAACCGAUCCAACGAUUCUGCAACAUAUGGACUGACCAAAUACUCAGAUCUAUCUCCCGAAGAAUUCUCGAACUCAAGACUUAUUUUAAAACUACCUGACUAUAUAAGUAACAGUUAUACCAAUAAGAAAUCAUCUAACAAUCAUACUGCAAAAAAACGUUCCCUACGAAAAGUUAAAUACAGUAUUCCCAAAAAACUAGAUUACAGAGAAAAAGGUGUACUUAGCGAAGUUCAAACACAAGGUUCCUGUGGGGCAUGCUGGGCAUUUUCUGUGAUAGGAGUUAUUGAGAGUAUGAAUGCACUAAAAAGAGGCAAAUUCACCAAAUUAAGUGUCCAACAAAUGGUAGACUGCUCGGAGUUCAACUAUGGCUGUGACGGUGGAGAUAUUUGUUCUUUAUUAAAUUGGUUAACAUCGUUUAAUGUCAAGAUACUUCCAGAGAAAAUAUAUCCUCUUACUUGGGAGACCCAAAAUUGUAAACUGCUUUAUGAUGACGAGGAUGGGGUUCAACUUAAGGAUUUUGGAUGCGACAGUUUCGAAAACGAGGAAACCAUCAUGCUAUAUCUUCUUGCAAAUCUGGGGCCUCUUGCAGUUAGUAUUAACGCCCAAAGUUGGCAGCAUUAUAUAGGAGGAGUUAUACAGUACCAUUGUGACGGCAACAUGUUAGAGUUAAACCACGCUGUACAAAUUGUCGGCUAUGAUCUAACUGCUCCUGUACCCUACUACAUUGUAAAAAACUCAUGGGGUACAGAUUUCGGCGAUGAAGGGUAUUUGUACAUAGCCAUUGGAAACAAUAUAUGCGGCCUGGCACACGAAGUGGCCUCAGUAAUAGUUCUGUGAUCUACGUAAUUGUUGAGAUUUGUUUUAAAAUAAUUUAUAUACCGGGUGGUGAAUUGGAAAACGGGCCAUAGGAAACUCAAUGUAAAAUUCUAAAUUGUUGAAUUCCUGCUUCCCUAAUUAUUUUACAUCAAAAGUCAUGAGAAACUAUUUGUAGAGGAUUAAAAUCUGUAUUAAAAACAAAAGUUAAAAUUGUUCUACGAUUUAAACAGAGUCCAAAAUUUUGAAAAAUAGAAUACAUUUGCCAUACCUAAGUAAGUGCGUAAAAGGUCACACGUUACUAUUUCUAACAGUACGCAAACUAUUUACUGAAUAAAACAUCUUUAUUAUUACUACUUUCUCCUCAACUGAGGUCAUCUUUUCGACUUUAUUGUUUUUUAAACAAUAAAAACGAUAAAAUAAAAAUACUGACAGUUCAAAAUAUUGUUAAUAUAAUAAUUUCAUUGUGACCGAAGGCAACCUUAUACACAUUGUUGCACUGUGUGUAGCCUAAAUUUGGCAAAUACUUUGAUAAAAUUUAUUAUAUUUUACAACAUUUUGGAAUGUGUUUAAUUCGUAGAACAAUUUUAACAAUUGUUUUCAAUAAAGAUUUCAAUCCUCUACAAAUAGUUUCUCAUGCCUUUUGAUGUAGAAUAAUAAGGGAAGCAGGAAUUCAACAGUUUAGAAUUUUACAUUGAUUUUCCUAUGGCCCGUUUUCCAAUUCACCACCCUGUAUACUUAUACAGUGCUAGUCAAAAGUCCGUACCCCCCCUCGUAACUUUUGAACGGUUAUACUUAUAAUAGUGAAAUUUGGAGGAAGGAAAUGAACUGACGUAUGCUUCUUAACUAGUCAUGACAGGUGACGUAAAAGUGACAGAUGACUUUACAGCGCCACUGUGACAGAUAAUUUUAAAUGGUACCCUAUGGUAAGCGAUACCUCGUUUGAUAGGUAUUGAAAAUACCCAUUCAGCUAUACUAAUUUUGUUUGAGUUUAAACUCAUUUGUAUGAAUAAAUGAAAUAAUAUAAAAUUGUAGUUUCGCAUUUAAUUAAUAAAAAUUCAAACCUCCGCCUAUGGUUACUUGUCAAAAAGGUUGACGUUGACGUAAAAACUACUAGAGAGCUGAAAAAUGUCAACUUUUUUGACAAAAUAACCAUGGGCGGACAUUUGAAUUUUUAAUAAUUAAAUGCGAAACUACAAAGUUAUAUUUAUUUCAUUUAUUCACCAAAAUCAAAAUCAAAUUAAACCCAAAAAAAUUAGUAUGACUGAAUAGGUAUUAUCAAUACCUUUCAAAUGAGGUGUCACUUUCCAUAAGGUCCCAUUUAAAAUGAUCUGUCACAGUGGCGCUGUAAAGUCAUCUGUCACUAUUACGUCACCUGUCAUGACUAGUUAAGAAGCGUACGUCCGUUUAUUUCCUCCCUCCAAAUUUCACUAUUAUAUGUAUAACCGUUCAAAAGAUACGAGGGGGGGUACGGACUUUUGACUAGCACUGUAUAUUUUUAAGCAACUAUUUUUAUAUAGAGUAUGGAAUAAAGUUUUAUUAAGUUUUA